GUUUAGGGAGCCACACACAAACCUUGACACACACGUUACUAUUAAGAAAAUUAAAGAAAAACGAGAUGUCAUUUCAAAGAGAGUGGUGAAUCGGUUCAGAGGAACAUUUCCGAUACUUCACAAGAUUCAAUACAAAUUUAUCAAAGUAAAAUCCGCAUCAGAUGCGUAAUGCAAUACAGCGGAUGAGCCCAAUACCAGUAUCAUAAUCAUACCAUGCAUCUAUCCCUUCAAUCCCCAUUCACUCAACAUUCAUUUUGUAUCUAGAUUUGCUUUCGCAUACCCAUUAAUCAUGUAAACUUUUCACCUUUCUCAUAUACCCAUAACAUAAAAUUUGUUUCCAUUGCUUCUGGGUGUCUUGGGCACAUUUGAAAGAGAGAGAGAGCUUCGGUUCCUGGUUUUCCAGAGAGAAAUUGAAGGAAUGGGAAUGCAGUGUUUGAUUGUGGUAAUAGAGGAGGUGAGUGGAGGGAGACUAUGGGGUUUUAGAGAUUGAAAUGUUUGGGAAUGGUGGAGGGAGGAGUAGAUAACAUGGAGAAAGAAUCUGAUUCGAAAGGUAAGCUUGAGUGCAAUUCUCCCAGUGCUGGGAAAUCGAAAAACUUUUCAUUCAGAGCACCACAGGAGAAGUUUACAAUCCAAGACUUUGAAUUGGGGAAGAUCUAUGGAGUCGGUUCUUACUCCAAGGUUGUUAGAGCAAUGAAAAAAGAUACUGGAAAUGUAUAUGCCUUGAAGAUCAUGGACAAAAAGUUCAUUACCAAAGAAAACAAGGCUGCUUAUGUGAAAUUAGAGCGUAUUGUGCUUGAUCAAUUAGAUCAUCCUGGUAUUGUUCGGCUAUAUUUUACGUUUCAAGACGCUUGUUCACUCUAUAUGGCACUUGAAUCCUGUGAAGGUGGAGAACUUUUUGAUCAAAUAACGAGGAAAGGCCGUUUGUCAGAGGAUGAAGCUCGUUUCUAUGCUGCUGAAGCUGUAGAAGCUCUUGAAUAUAUACAUACCAUGGGAUUGAUACAUCGGGAUCUUAAGCCAGAGAAUCUACUGCUUAGUGCAGAUGGGCAUAUUAAAAUUGCGGAUUUUGGCAGUGUGAAGCCAAUGCAAGACAGCCGAAUAACUGUCCUACCAAACGUAGCAUCAGAUGAUAAGGCAUGUACUUUUGUGGGAACAGCUGCUUAUGUCCCUCCGGAAGUUUUAAAUUCUUCUCCCGCAACUUUUGGAAAUGACCUCUGGGCACUAGGCUGCACGGUGUACCAAAUGCUUGCAGGGACUUCUCCCUUCAAAGAUUCUAGCGAAUGGCUUAUUUUCCAAAGAAUCGUUGCCAGAGAUUUAAGAUUUCCAGACUAUUUCUCUAAUGAAGCCAGAGAUCUUGUUGAUCGGUUAUUGGAUAUGGAACCUCGUAGAAGACCUGGCGCGGGACCUGAGGGUUACUCUGCACUUAAGACUCAUCGUUUUUUUGAAGGGAUUGACUGGAAAAAUUUGAGAUAUCGGACCCCUCCAAAACUUGCAGUGGAGCAAAGAAAUCACUCACACGCUGCGGAUGGUUCGGCCAGAACAAACGAAGGAAGCGAGGGGGCUUCAUCAUCUUCUGAGGCCGCUAAUAGCAUCACUAAGAUUGCUGCAGUUGAUUCAUUUGAUUCGAGGUGGCAAGAAUUUUUGGAGCCUGGGGAGAUUGUUCUUAUGGCAUCUGUGCUUAAGAAAAUGCAGAAACUUACGAGCAAGAAAGUGCAGCUUAUCCUCACAAGCAAACCACGCCUUAUUUAUGUAGACCCGGCAAAGUUGAUUGUCAAAGGGAACAUCAUAUGGUCCGACAAUCCCAAUGAGCUUAACGUUCAAGCCGCAACCCCUUCACAAUUGAAGAUCUGCACGCCGAAGAAAAUUUUGUUGUUCGAAGAUUCUAAGCAAAAGGCGGUUCAGUGGAAAAAGGCGAUUGAAGCUCUUCAACACCGCUCUGGAGCUGUUUGAGCGAUAUUCUGCCAUGACUUCGGUAGCAAAAUUGAGUUCUGACUAAUACAAAUCGAGUUGUAAAUUGUUCUUUAUGGGUUCUUUUGAAAUCCCCUUAUUCGGUUUUUUGUAGAGUUUCUGUUUAUGAUAUAGUUUGUGUUAAGUUAAAAGAAAAUGUAUACACACUGCAUUAGUAUCUAGUGAAGGGCAGUAAGAAAAAAACUUGUUACUAAAGCCCUUUUAUGUAUUUGAUGAAUUAGCUGUGAAUGAAUUUUGAUUUGUUAAUCAACUGUCUGUUGAA